UUUGAAUUUUGAGAGUAAUAGCAAACUGCGAAAUUUCCCGCGCUCAGAGAAACUCAGAGAUCGAAGAAAAAUGGAAGCGAUUGUACUGCUAACAACAACCGGUGAGAUGAAGAACAUCAAGGUCAACAAUGGCGAGGUGGAGAAAGAGAAGAAGAUCUUCCGCAUUCAAGUUUCCAAAACCAAGAAACCACUCUUCUUCUACCUCAAUCUCGCUAAGAAACAAUUGAAGACUGACAAUGACGUUGAGCUCUGUGCACUUGGAACCGCUAUUCCAACUAUAAUAAUCAUGUCUGAGAUUUUGAAGCGCAAUGGAUGGGCAAUUCAGAAAAGUAUAGUGACAUCCACUAUUGAGGCUAAGGAAGACAAAGAAGGUCGAGUAGGGGCUCCAAAGGCUAAGCUUGAUAUUUUGUUGGGAAAGGCUAAGAGUGUUGACCAAAGUACUGAUGGUUCAGCAGAGUAGUAGAACUAAUAGGAGAAGAUGAAACUCUACUGCUUGUAGAGUAUGUUGUAAUAAAUGAAUUUGCGGUUCAGAUAUAUGUUUGAUGUUUUUUCAGCUUUUGGUUCAAGACUAUUGCAAUUUCAGUCUUGUAAAGAUUGUAUUUCUGUAUAAAUGUACUACAUUCUCAUGGUUCAUCA